GUCGCCGCCCGCCCGCAGCCCGCCAGGCGGGCGGCCCGGCCGGCCCGAGCCCGCAGUGGCUGCCGCCGCAGCGUCGGGGCACUGGGAGCGCGGGCAGCCGCGGAGGCGAGCGGAACCGAGCGCGCGGCCAGGCGCUCGCCAGCCCGGUUCGCCGCCGCCACCACCACAGCCGCCUCCUCCUCCCCGGAGCUGAGGAUCAGGCACCUCCGGCGCCCGGCGCCCCCGCCGCCGAUGCGGGCCGCGCACUUUUAGCCGGGCGGGAGGGCCGGAGAGCCGGGCCGCGGAGAGCUGCGAGCCGCCGCGCCGAGAGCCGCGCCGCACCGCAGCGAGCAGGGACGGACGCCCGCCCGCCAGCCCGCCGCCGCCGCCGCCGCCGCUGCCCGGCCGCUAUGGAUCUAUUCGACUUUUUCCGGGACUGGGACUUGGAGCAGCAGUGUCACUAUGAACAAGACCGCAGUGCCCUUAAAAAAAGGGAAUGGGAGUGGAGGAAUCAAGAAGUCCAGCAAGAAGAGGAUCUUUUUUCUUCAGGCUUUGAUCUUUUUGGGGAGCCCUACAAGGUAGCUGAAUAUACAAACAAAGGUGAUGCACUUGCCAACCGAGUCCAGAACACGCUGGGAAACUAUGAUGAAAUGAAGGAUUUGCUAACUAACCAUUCUAAUCAGAAUCAUCUAGUGGGGAUCCCAAAGAAUUCCGUGCCCCAGGCUCCCAUCAACAAAAGCGAACCCAGCUUUUUUCCGGAACAAAAGAACCGAAUGAUCCCACCUCACCAGGAUAACACACACCCCUCGGCACCAAUGCUUCCGCCUUCUGUCGUGAUACUGAAUUCAACUCUGAUACACAGCAACAGAAAAGCUAAGCCAGACUGGCCACCAGAUAGUCACAACCCAAGUACCGUACCAGCAAGCCAGGCCAAUAGCCAGUCAAACAAGAUGCAGACUUCCACACAGGACCAGCCCCAAGCCAGACUGGAAGACUUCUUUGUCUACCCCGCAGAACAGCCUCAAAUUGGAAUCGUUGAAGAGUCAAAUCCAUCUGCAAAGGAAGAAAGUAACCUCAAAUCUGGUGGAGAGGAUACUUUCAAAGAAAUCUUUCAAUCCAACUCACCAAGAGAAUCUGAAUUUACAGUGCAAGCCCCUGGGUCUCCCCUCGUUGCCUCAUCUUUAUUAGCUCCCAGCAGUGGCCUUUCAAUUCAAAACUUCCAACCUGGGCUCUACUGCAAAACAGGCAUGGGACAGCAAAAGCCAACUGCAUAUGUAAGGCCCAUGGAUGGCCAGGACCAGGCACCGGACAUCUCUCCAACACUGAAGCCUUCAAUUGAAUUUGAGAACAGCUUUGGAAAUCUGUCAUUUGGAUCCCUCUUGGAUGGAAAGCCCAGUGCAGCUGGUUCAAAGACUAAACUGCCAAAGUUCAUGAUUCUUCAAACAAGUGAAGUAAGCCUUCCCAGUGAUCCGAGCUGCGUGGAAGAAAUCUUGCGGGAGAUGACCCAUGCCUGGCCUACUCCUCUCACUGCCAUACACACUCCUGGAAACUCUGAGCAGAACACAUUUCCCAGCUCAGGACAGGAAUCCCAACAUCUGACUCCAGGAUUCACCUUACAAAAGUGGAGCGACCCAACCAGCAGAGCUUCUACGAAGAUGCUUGAAGACGACCUGAAGCUAAGCAGUGAUGAAGAUGACCUUGAACCUGUGAAGACCUUAACCACCCAGUGCACUGCCACUGAACUCUACCAGGCUGUCGAAAAGGCAAAACCUAAGAACAAUUCUGCAAACCCACCUGUGGCCACACCCCAGGCCCCAGUUUCAGUGCCAGCCAGUGGGGGUUCUGGAAGCUCCAGCGACUCAGAGAGCAGCUCAGAGUCUGACUCAGAUACAGAAAGCAGCACUACUGACAGUGAAGCCAAUGAGGCACCUCGUGUGGCCACUCCAGAGCCUGAGCCCCCCUCAACCAACAAGUGGCAGCUGGAUAAAUGGCUUAACAAAGUGACCUCCCAGAACAAGUCGUUUAUCUGCAGCCAAAAUGAAACACCCAUGGAGACGAUUUCUGUGCCUCCUCCAAUCAUCCAGCCAAUGGAAGUCCAGGUCAAAGCAAAGUCAAACCCCAGCCAGAUCCUGGCUGAACCCAAAGAGAGGCCUCUUCUCAGUCUCAUUCGGGAGAAAGCCCGUGCAAGGCCCACCCAGAAAACUCCAGAAACCAAGGCUUUGAAGCACAAGUUGUCAGGAACUCUUGAAACAGCAUCUCAAAGGACAGCUGGGAAAAAACAGCCCAAAAAGGUAGAGAAGAACACCGGCAUUGACGACUUUACCUGGCCCAAACCAAAUAUUACCAGCAGCACUCCCAAAGAAAAAGAAAGCAUGGAACUUCCUGACCCACCAAGAGGCCGCAACAAAACCACUGCUCACAAACCAGUCCCCAGGAAAGAACCAAGGCCUAACGUCCCCUUGGCUGCCGAGAAGAAGAAGUAUAGAGGGCCUGGCAAGAUCGUGCCAAAGUCCCGGGAGUUCAUUGAAACAGAUUCUUCUACAUCUGAUUCCAACACAGAUCAGGAAGAGACCCUGCAGAUCAAAGUCCUGCCCCCUUGCACUUUACCUGGGGGGAAUAUUGCCAAAUCCAAGGAAACCUCUUGUGCCAGCCUGACUUUAGUCAGUAGCAGCAUCAGUAACAACAACUUACCCAACAGUACUGAGGAUCCAACUUUUUCACCCACCCCUGUCACACAGACUGAGCACCCGUCCCCUCAACAAGAAAACGAGAACCUGAAAAAUCUCUGGGUGAAGAUUGACCUUGACUUACUCUCUAGAGUACCUGGCCACAACUCAUCCCAAGCAGUGCCCACCAAACCGGACCACAAGGAGCCUGCCUCGAAACCCAAGCGUCAGACCGCUGCUGCAGCCACAGAGAAACCUGCACCCAAGGGCAAGCGUAAGGUCAAGCCAACAGAAGUUGUGGAGAAAAUCCCUGAGAAGAAGCAACGCCUGGAGGAAGCCACAGCUCUCUCCUUGCUUCCCCCCUGCAUCUCACCGGCCCCACCCCUCAAGCCACCCAACGCAAAAGAAAAUAAUACCUCCAGGAGAGCAAACAGAAAGAAAGAAGAAAAACUGUUCCCUCCUCCACUUUCCCCACUGCCAGAGGACCCCCUACGCCGCAGAAACAUCAGUGGCAAUCCUGGUCUUUUCGGUCAAGAAAAAAACAUCUCCCUGAUUGGACAGGUCACCAAACCAAAGAGAUGUGAAGGCAAAUUCUGUGCUACUUUCAAAGGGAUAUCUGUAACUGAGGGAGACGCUUCAAAAAAGGCAUCUACUCCUGCCACUGUCACUAUCACCAACUCUGCUAUCACUACUGCCACCUUCACUGCUACUACAAUUGUCACUGCCACUGUCACAGCAAUGGCCACUGCCACGGCCACAGCCACCACCACAACAACUACCACUACGAUUUCUACCAUUACCUCUACCAUCACUACUGGCCUCAUGGAUAGCAGUCACCUGGAGAUGACGUCCUGGGCAGCCCUGCCUCUCCUCUCCAGCAGCACCACCAAUGUCCGGAGACCCAAGCUCACUUUUGAUGACUCGGUUCACAAUGCUGAUUAUUACAUGCAAGAGGCUAAGAAGCUGAAACACAAAGCUGACGCACUGUUCGAGAAAUUUGGCAAAGCUGUGAAUUAUGCCGAUGCAGCCCUCUCCUUCACUGAAUGUGGCAACGCGAUGGAACGCGAUCCCCUGGAAGCCAAGUCUCCGUACACCAUGUAUUCCGAGACUGUGGAGCUCCUCAGAUAUGCGAUGAGGCUGAAGAACUUUGCAAGCCCCUUGGCUUCAGAUGGGGACAAAAAGCUGGCGGUGUUAUGCUAUCGAUGUUUAUCGCUUCUCUACUUGAGAAUGUUUAAACUGAAGAAGGACCAUGCUAUGAAGUACUCCAGGUCAUUGAUGGAAUAUUUUAAGCAAAAUGCUUCAAAAGUCGCUCAGAUACCAUCUCCAUGGGUAGGCAAUGGAAAGAACACUCCAUCCCCAGUGUCUCUCAACAAUGUCUCACCCAUCAACGCAAUGGGGAACUGCAACAACGGCCCGGUCACCAUCCCCCAGCGCAUCCACCACAUGGCCGCCAGCCAUGUCAACAUCACUAGCAACGUGUUAAGGGGCUAUGAGCACUGGGACAUGGCCGACAAACUGACAAGAGAGAACAAAGAAUUCUUUGGUGACCUGGACACGUUGAUGGGACCUCUGACCCAGCACAGCAGCAUGACUAAUCUUGUCCGCUACGUUCGCCAGGGACUGUGUUGGCUGCGCAUCGAUGCCCAUUUGUUGUAGUGGGUGCCCUCCUCCCCUCCUCCCCACCCAUCACCACCCAUCACUCUCCUUCCACCAACACACCAGUAACCACUGGUGGAACUCCACUCAUUUGAGAAAGUUCUCUUUGGUUCUGUUUGUUUCUAUGCUUCUACUGAUAUCUGUGAAAAACAGAAGUCAUUGUAAGAGGACACUACAAUUUGAGAGCAGUGUAUGUUUUAUUACCUAGUCGUUUUUCAGUAUUUUAUAUGCAUUUCUCAGAUCCCUCCAUCCUUUUGUGCUUUAUGGAAUGACACAGUCCCUACAGUAUUGUUUUAAGUCCAUACUACCCAAAACAAAAAAUGGAAAGCAAUUGUGGUGAUAACAGAUUCCUGAGAAAUGACACAAGAAAUCUUACUUAGAUAUGAGAACUUAGACACAAAGGACCUGCAAAGACUUAAAUUGUCAGCAACAGCUGUCUCCCAAACUAUACUCUUAUGUCCAGAAAAGAACGUAUUUCAGAAUCCAUUGAAACCUUUGUGCUUCCCACAGACUCAAUCUUCAGGUGAGAAUUUUCAUUGUCAAAACCCGCUGGGUGAGCUGUUGUAGUAACAUCAUAAAAUCAAGAUGGGUAAGAAAAUAAAUGAGGACAGCAGUGCCCCUCUUAAAGAUAUGCUAUGCCAUGCAGCCAGAGGACAUUUUGCUAGCAUCUCCUCCUUCCUGAUGUCCUAUUUUUAAAAUUUUAAUGAUGAGAAAGAAUGGUGACAUUUAUUUGGACAACUCUAAGGCAUCAGCUGGCAUAUGGAUUUUUGAAAUCCGUGAUUUAAAGCAUAAAUCCUCACCUGGGAUUCUCUUUGUGCAAAGCUCUCCUUUCAAGGAGCAGUUUGGUGGACACAUGCCCUAAUAGCCAAAAUGCUAUACCUCAGUCUUAGAGUUGGGAGACAGGGAAGGUCUGGAAAAUGCCAGACCAGGAAUUCAUACCUCUGUCUCCUUUGCAGUCAGUAGGCAAGUCUACAAAUGGCAAGAUUUUUAAAAUUUUAUUUUGCUCAAAUCUAUGGAAACAAAAUUCAAGUUAUCACUACCUAGAAGUAAUAAUAUACAGUUUGCUUCCUAGUGGCUUUAAAAUCUGGACUUUCCCACCUAUUAUUGACAUUUUGUAUUCUUACAGGGUUUCUUUUUCCUUCUUUCUUUAUUUUCUUUUAUCUUUCUUUUCCUUUUUUUGAUUCAUUAGCUUUUGACUGAAAUACAAUCACUGAUUUUAUAAAAGUAUAUACUAACAUGAAACCGUUCCGUGGAUAUUCCAAAGAAGACUCCAAACUCUCUAAGUAGUAGCUAAUCUUUUAAAAAAUGAGUUUUGGGGCAGUGCUGCACCCUAGGGUGCUUUGAAAGAGCCCUGAAGAUUGUGAACUGUUUGCCUAAUUGGGUGACAUUUCCCCAUCAGUUGUGACUAUCCCCACCCCUUAUUAUGCUCUGCAUUCAUUUUAUGUCCCUAAACAUCACAAUGUAAAUAUAUCAUAUUUGGUGUUCCAGCUCACCAGAAGAAUCCCCCACAUGUUAGAAAACACUAUUCAGACAUUAGUAAUUGUAAUUUUCUUCAACCUAGCCUUCAAUCUACUGAGUUACUGAAUUCUGUUCACUUAGUUAUGACCAGAUAAAUAACAGAUAUAUACAUACAAAAGAUGUGCAAACUUGUAUGAUUUUUAAAGCAAGUCAUACAGGGCUGUGAUAGGAACAGCAAGCAAUCACACUGCACUCUCAUUCUCAAGGUUAGAGAUCUCCCUAGUUGUAAAAGAGCCAGACUUGAGUUCCGCUCUGGCCAUCUUUGAGCUCAGGGCCCUUUGGUGUACAAUAAGGUUGUGGAAGUUGUACUCCAAUGGCUGCAGGCAUGCGGUUAAGAUGGCUGAUGGGAACUUCCCAGCAGCUGAAGCCAGCACUUUCAUGCUCCCCAUGUGGUUGAGCUUUACUUCUGCAGUCUCAACAACAACAACAUUCACAUAUGUAUACACAAAACUUAAAUCCAAGAGAAUCUUUUCGGAGCCUCUUAAGUGAGGAAAAAAAAAAGAAUAUGAAAGACUAUAAACACCCACGUCAUUUAUUUCACAUUUGUGGGUGUCACCUAUAAAAAUGAAGCUGAUGGCUUUGCAGUGACUCAAGUUCUCCAUUCAUUUUCCAUGGCUUCCCCAGUCGGGUGCCUGGCUAUUCUGUAUUAUGAAGCCCACUGACCUGACUUCUAAGUCUCACCUAGACCAGGAUCCUAGACUGUCGUCGAUCCAGGAAUAGAUUCUUCUUGAAAUUCAAUCUCCAGAUAUUAGAGUGCAAGGGGCAGUUUCCCAGGGAAAUGCACACAUUGACUCAUGGAUAAAAGGCUGGUAGAUAGCUCUAGUUUCAGUGAGGCAGCCAAAUAUCCCGCUACCUGAUGUCGCUUCUGGUGGCUGAGUGCAAAGUGGGUGCCAAGUCAGGGGCACAAUUAUCAAAUCUGACAGUAGAGCUCAGCGUCUCCACCUGAUUUUAUAGUGGACCCCUUCUAAAAGCAGCUUAGAAACCAAUUAAACAUGAGGAAUGAGGUCCCUUCCUAUCCCUAGGGACAGGUCUUCUUUCGGUUUCAUGAUUUAAGGGUUGGUGCUGUUUUCUAGGCACUCGAUUCAUUACACUGUACAUGGUGAUGUGCCUCAUAGGGAUGCAGCUAUUGGAGGGACUGAAGUAUUUGGUUGAGUCAAUCUCUUCAGUGUGCCAGUUUAUGGGAGGAAUCUGAGACAUGUGGAUGGCAGUGAGAAAGCCUGCUUCUGGAAUGAGUUCCUUGGUCCCUCCCUGGACCUUGACCAUGGUUUGAUGAGACACACCUAAACAAGCAUAUAGAGGUAGGGGGCUUGGCAGAGUAAUGGUCAGCCCCACCUGAGCAAGUGCACAGGAAAGUCUCAACCCUGCAAGAUGACCCAGGGAGAGCCACCACUAUGCCUUCAUUUGUCACCAAGCUCCAACCAUAGAGAAUUUGAAAAGUUUGUGUUAGGACGUUGGCUUGGCUUUGUACUUUUAAUUAGCUUUGGAUUUUUUAGCGGUUUUGUCAUAUUACUGUCUGAGUUUGGUAGGUAGGAUUAAUUUGAAAAGCGUUUACUAGUGUGGCCCUCAGGGUAGAAUUUAACUGUAAGCAUGUUGUUAGCCAGCCUGAAGACUGUUAAUUACUUAAUAAUCUCACUGGGAAAAUACUAGUAGUCUUAUAUUUGGAUGACAUAAUUGGAAAAGCAGAUUAGCUGCUGCUACUUUUAAAAGACUUGAGGGUGGGAUGCCUGUUUCCAUGCACCGACAAGAAAAGAUCCAAAUCUUCAGUCAAUAGCCAGGUUGCUAAAUUGGAAACCAUUGGCCAAAAUGGGUUUUGUUGUGUUUCCAAAUGGAUGGAUUUUCGUUUGGACAUUUGCAUCACUAAAUGCAUUGGAUUCUGUCUGCAUUGGAAAGAUACUUAUUUCAUCGUGUCUUUCCCAAAGCUAUCUUAUUCUGAUUUUGUUUGGCUCAGAUUUGCAUCCCAGAAUUUGAAGGUGGAGUUUGAAGUUGGAAAGCAUUUUUGAAGGCAGAAUUGAACUUAGCUGUGAGGAUGCAACUCCACUUACUUCUCAACAGACGUGAUAAAGUUCACCUGCGUGAGGUGGCAGGUGAGAGAACCAAAUUGGAUCACUGGGUAGGACUACUCAGUAAGGCAAUGAACUGCUUGUUUAGAGAAGCACCACUAUCCCAAUGGAGAAAAUGUGUGACAAGAUGACAGAGCUGCACAAUAUCCAAUGAAUGGGUUGAGUCGAUGCCCCAAUUUCAAUUUCGUGGGGGGAAAAUAAUGUUGAGCCAGUUGGCUGUGCUCUGUCAUGCAACUGGCAGACUAAAUUCUUUGUCGUCGUUUGUUGUCAUUGUCGUCGUCGUUUCUCAUUUCCACUCACACAGCCUUAUUCUCAUAACUAAACCCUGAUUCAUUUUCUCUUCAGUGUUACCAGACUCCAACAACAGAAGUGGCAUCUGUGUAUUGAUAAUCAGCAUUUACCCUGGCAGGAGGCUAAUCAGAUAGGCUGAUCUCAGAUGCUCAUCCUACCUUCUGAUAUUUUCAAGGAAAGAAAAAACAUGAAUUCCCUUUCCAUUCUCCUCCUCACACAUCUAGAAGCCCUCUUUAUCAAAGAUAUCAUAUAUUUUCUCUGUAAUCUAUCAGCUGAAAGGAAAUUGCAUUAUGGGGAGGGCAGAGGGUGGAGGUGGAGGUGGAAGUGGAGGGUGGGGAAGCACCUCCAGGCCAGACUGCAGUUCUCACCCCUUUCUGCUUCUGUUGUAGAUGUUCAAAGUAUCAUUCAUAGGGCUCAUGUUGGGUUAGGGGACACUGAACUGCUUUUCAGAUCCAUGAUCAAUCAUCAUUCUUCUAAGAGAUUGGAGCUUUGCUGUUUCAUUCACUGUGCAGUGUAGACUAAUGGUGUUUAAUAAAAAUUAUUCAAAAUUUCAAA